GUCUUCCUGAUAUUCCCGGCUUAAUCACGUGACUGUCCAAUCUUUCCGAGCGACCUCACAUUCCCGCCAGUGUCAAGUUUGCAAGUUAAGGAUCCCUUCUCCGCUCACAACCACACACUGACACUCACAAUGGCUGCCCCACGUAGCGCCGCUCUCAAGAUCGACUGGACCAAGGUCAGCACCUCGCUGGGCCUCCGUGGUCAGACCGCGGCGUCUCUGCAGGCCUUCAAGAAGCGCAACGACGAGGCCCGCCGCAAGGUCCUUGUUCUCUCCGAGCAGCCCCAGUCUAUCGACUUCGCCUACUACCGCAAGACCCUGAAGAACCAGGCCGUCAUCGACGAACUCGAGAACCACUUCAAGAGCUUCAAGCCUGCUUCGUAUGAUGUGAACCGCCAACUCAAGGCCAUCGAGGCAUUCGAGGCCCAGGCCAUCAAGAGCGCCGAGGAGACCAAGGGUCGCGUCGAGGCCGAGCUCGCCAACUUGCAAAAGACCCUGCAAAACAUCGAGACUGCCCGUCCCUUCGACGAGCUCACUGUGGACGAUGUCGCUGCCGCCCAACCCGAGAUCGACGAGAAGACCGCCCAGCUCGUGUCCAACGGCAAAUGGGUGCCGGCAGGAUACAAGGAGAAAUUCGGCAACCUGUCCGUGCUGUAAAUGGGUAUUUGUUGUUCAAUUACAAUAUCAAAUAUAUCCAUCGUGUGACCAUUUCGUGCGUUUCAACGUCAAAAACAUAUUGCAAAGCCUUGUGGCCGGGGGUGAAGCAUGGCACUUCAUCGAUCGUGUAUAGCACCACUACUGUUCAAUUAGAUGCAUCCUUUACGUGAGUUUUGACACUCUAUGCGGGAGAUGAUUUUCUGUCGAAAGUUGUCUCUGGCAGUUCAUAAUGGCA